GGAAGAGGAACUAAAUAAAAACAUGGCGGAUGCAAAGGCUUUUCUUCUUCGUUAGUUUUCGUUGAAUUUACUCUCAUUUUUGUAUCCCUCGCAGGAUUUUGAGUAGAAAUAUUGAUGAUUAACAUGAAACUGUCGCCUCGAGUUCUUCCUGGUGCGUUAAAUCCUCAGAAUAAAGGAGCCAGUGACUGGGGAUGGCAAGGUUUGUUAGCAUAUGGUUGUCAAAAUCAUGUUGUCGUAUUUGAUCCUAAAACUGUCCAGGUUAUUCAAGUAUUAGAUUUACAUUCAGCACCAUGUACAAAGGUCAAAUGGGGACGAGAGAACUACCAUCAUGAUUUUGCAUCACCAUACAACCUCCGUCUCGCCUCAGGAGAUGCUAGUGGACGUAUCAUAGUCUGGGAUAUCAGCCUUGGUAAACCAAUCGCUGACUUUUUUGAAGGUAGCAGACCUGUGCUGGACUUGGAUUGGUUGAGUACACAAGAUGCCUGUCAUGAUCUCCUUGCCGCAUUACAUGCUCCUUCAACACUUGUCUUGUGGAAUGCAGAUACUGGGACAAAAUUGUGGAAAAAGAAUUUCCAGGAGAAUGUUUUGUGCUUUGCUUUUGAUCCAUUUUGCCCUUCUAAUGUUACUUUGAUGUGCCAGGAUUGGAUUCUCUUCAUUGAUGACUUCUCCAUCAACAGAGCUCCAGAAAGUAAUGGCAGAAGGUUCUACUUAACUAGUUCUGGAACAGCAUCACCCAGUUCACCAGGAACUAACAUGAACACAAGCUCAAGUCGGAGCUCUGCUCCAAAGUCUGCUCUUGCUAGAGUUAAACUCUGGGCUGCUGGAGAGCCAAGAAGCAGACCCGGAGAAGAAAGUGUGGCAUUAAGUGAAUGUUUACAACUGAUAUACCUUCCCUCUCGUAAUCAUCACCUCUUGGCAUUGUUUCCUCGUGAAGUUAUGAUCCUUGAUAUGGAGAUAAAUCAAGCAGUUUGUUCCUUUUGCUUGGAAAGAAAUAGUCCUUCAUUCCUACAGAUAAUUCCCUGUCGCCAGCGGGAUGUUCUGAUGUGCCUCCAUGAAAAUGGCUGCAUAAUAAUGAGGUCAAAAAGAAGAGUGAUGCGGAACCCUUACUUCUUGAGCGAGAACGAGCGACCCAAUCCAAGCAUGUCAGUUGAUAUAGUGUAUGAAACGAAGUCUCAGUCGGAUACUCUAAGGCUAAGCAAGUCUAGUCGGUUGUACGGAUUUCAGUGCUGUCCAAUCUCCGAGAAGAAACUGGUGUUGUUAAUAAGUGAUGGGCGAGUGAUUAUUUGGGAUCUCAAAGCAAAAAACUGCCAUACCCCAGACGCCUCGUUCAUGACACCCGAAAGCCUCAAAGUAUCGAUUCCAGUUGGUUCAGACCUUUCUGCAACUUCUCCAUACCCUGUGUUGUCUCUUGCCGACAUCAUUCCCCCUCCAUUAACAUCUGGUAAAGUCCUUCCUCAUGCAGAUCAUUUAAAGUUUGUCAUGUGUGGGUUGAUGAGUGCUAUUGCUUCUCCUCCUACAUGUGCCGUCAUGUGUCCGCCACUUACCACCAAGAACUGGGCAAGCUACAGACCUCUGAUUGCUAUUGGUACCACUCAGGGAAGCAUUCAGGUAUUUAACCUCUCAACAGGAAUAUUGCAACGGGAAUACAGUAUUCAUACUGGUGCUAUAAGGGGAAUCACAUGGACAAGCUUGAAUAGUUUCUUUUCUUGGGCCCAGACACCUGGCAGUUCUUCUAAAAAUGAAGUUCAAUUAUUGGAUCUCAAUACAGGUCAUAGUACUCAUAUUUCAGUUGGUAAAAUUGCUGAAGAAACUCCUAUAGAUUGUAUCAAAGUUUCACAGCUCAGGCAGUACUUCUUUAUAGCAUUCAAAGACAGACCUCUGCAGCUGUGGGACUUGAAAAACUUGUGUCUGCUUAAAGAGUUACCAAGAGCUUUUCCAAAUAUCACUGCACUGGAGUGGUCUCCAUCUCAUAGCUCUAAACAACUCAAGAAAAAGUUAAGCGCUCAGCUUGAGGCAAUAGGGAUAUCAAAUAUAGCAGCGAAUGUCCUGGAUCCUAGUAGAACAGCAGACACUGUGCAGCCUCAGGUGUGGAUCAAGGAACAUUUUGUGUGUGUUGAUGUCAAUGGAUUGCUGUAUCAUUUUCUGGUGGAGGGAAACAUAGUCAAAGAUGGCUCCAAAGUUCAAUGUGAUAGUACCCUUGGUGUUGUAUCAUGCAUGGCUUGGAAGGGAGACCUAAUGGUAUUGGCAGACAACGAGGGUAAUCUUAGCGUCUGGGAACUAAAGGCGCGUAUAACAAGGUUAGUAGCGACACACAGGGGUCAAAUCAAGAAGAUCAAGUUUGCUCCCGGAAGAGGAAACUACAAGUUAGGUGUUUUAUACAAUGAUGGAAUGGAUGUCUGGGACCUGCAACAGGUUGAAAUAUACAGCAGUUACAAGAUUCCCAAGGAUGGUUCUGCCUCUGUGGAUAUGGACUGGCUUGCAUCAGACUUACCUCUGAUCAUACAGGCUAGUGGAUGUUUACAGGUGAUGGAUCUAGAACUCAAGUCCUGCUCGUCUGCUAUGACUAACAUGAAUCUACAUGAUCCGAUUUGGUGUCCAUAUGUGUUGGAAUCCAAGACAGCGUUAGUGUUGAAGACAUUACUCCAGCAUCACCUGGGGAGGCAGACUCAUAGCUUACAAGAUUUAUCAGAUCUUGAACUGCAUGAAGACAUCUUGGGCGUCAUACAAGAGCGGAUAUGUCUAAUGCCUUCAUCAGUUGCUGAUUUUCUCCCCGUGGCUCCCCUGGGUACCGCGCAGAAGUGCUUCUACACUGCUCAUCUGUUUGGUGAUGAAGCAGAAUCAGUGUUCUGGGACGUCGCGUUGCACUAUCUCAGACGAGAAAAAGCAAGACUAUGUUGUCCGAUACACAAGUCCGAUCACAAGCCACCAGUGACUAUCAAUCGCCCGCGGUCAAGCUCGGAUCUGUUUAACCCGACAGACGCUACUGCAAGAAUCAAAAGAUCAUUCAGUUCCAACUCCCUAGAUCUUCUCACGAUCGAUGAUGACCUUGAUCUAACGAUAGGACAGGAGAAUGGCACUAGUCAAUCUUGUUGUUGCUUUCCCGUUUCCUUGGAAACUUGUUACGAGAUUCUUUGUGAUUCUGAUGCAUUUCAGAAAUCUCAACUUGACCGUAUCGCACUUCAUGACAGCAAGAGAUCAACAUACGAACACACAAGAAAGUGUGCAGAAGCCUUAGUUCUCUUAGGCCAGGCUGACCGUGCGGUGCAACUUUUCCUGGAAACAGACGCUUCAAACGAUAACUACUACGUGGACUCACUAAGGGCUUGUCUUGUUGCCACCAUACGCUCGUCAGGAGCGUCUCAGAGUACAAUCAAAUUGGUUGCCACUAAUCUUAUCGCUAGCGGAAAACUCGCAGAGGGUGUUCAGUUGCUCUGUUUGAUUGACAAGGGACUGGACGCCUGUCGGUAUUUACAGACCUACGGAGAAUGGGAACAAGCGGCAUCGUUGGCCAAGGCAACAUUGAACUAUCCUGACUGCGCCGAGGUGAUGAGACGAUGGAUUGAACAUCUUUCCAGCACACACACCAGUCAACAGAGCAAAGCCAUUCUCGUCCUUCUUUCCCUUGGUCAGUUUUGUAAAGUAUUGGAAAUGCUUCACAGCAUGAGAUAUUUUGAUCGUGCUGCGAUGUUCGCUGAAGCCUGUCAGGAAUUUGGAUUCGAUUUCCAGCACGACGAGAGAAUACUGUCGUUAAUGAGUACAAUCAACGCAGAGUAUGCUCGUUAUCUGCAAGGACUCGGGCUCAAGAAGCCAGCGGUCUACUUCGCAAGCAAAGCUGGAGACAAGGGACGAGAACUUCUAGAGAGAAUUUAGAUGUGAAAAUCUUGUUGUUGUUAAUCUUGUUUUCCUAGAAUGAUGUAGCAGCUAGCCGUGGCAGGAGACAAUGAGCAACUUCGAUAAUGCGGCGGCCAUCUUGAAUCGCAAGGCACUAUGGGUCGCCCAGGGGGUUAAACAAAACAAAGAAAAACGAUAUUUGAGAAAUUUCCUUAAUUGUGGAACUUUCCAAUUUGUUUUAAUUCAUCUCUUGUCAAAUUGUCUUGUUAUGAACCGUAAAUGUCAAUCAACGCCAUUAUUGUAACAAAGCUUUGUCUAUUUGCCUCCUGGAUGACCCAUAAUGCCCUGUGAUUCAAGAUGGCCGCCGCGUCGUCGAAGUUGUCCAUUAGAAAUUGGCAGUUAGAUCGAAAUUACAAGGAUUUACAACAACAACAGCAGCAGCAGCAACAAUAACAACAACAACAACAGCAGCAACGAGAACAGCAGCAGCAACAGUAACGACUUCAAAACUCACAUUCUUUGUGAUACUGUCUCUUUAAUGCCAUUUCUAGUUACAAGUUUUUCUUUGGUGGAAGUUUAUAAACUUGUGUUACAGAUAGGUGGAGCGGGGAACUAUUUGGCAGAAACAAAAGGUUGACCGUCUAAGCGAAAGAGAAUUUUGUACUCUUAUUCCUAACUAGUUCUCAUUAACCGGAAAUAUUUAACUUCAAUCACACACGAUAACAAUCUCGUACACAGAGCCUUUAUUUGUUACUAUACUGCGCAUGCUCGACGAAAUAAUUUCAUUACGUCGAGCAUGCGCAGUAAGAAAUAAACGCUCUGGGUACGAGAUUGACACGAUAAUAAAAUACAUUUAUAGAGGCUUGGAAAGUCCCUACUGACAUGUGAGCAAAAAGGAUUAUUAAUUCAUAGCAGUAAUAAAUAAAUAAAUAUCUAAUAUCAUA